AUGAAUGAAGAUUAUAAGAAAAACGAUCCUAUCGUUUCGAUAUUUCACCAGACAACAGAUGGUGAGAAACUGGAUAAAGAGGCAGUACGAUCAUGGAUUGAUUCACAACCACAAAACGAUGAAGAUAUAAAAAAUUGCGAGACGGUUUUAAAGAUCUACACGGACCUUUUGAAGACGGAGUUUUAUAUGGACAAAUCGUGGGAUAUCCAGACUUUGACCAAAAGUGUACUGGUGAAAUUUGAGCUUGUGGCUAACGACCAAGGCCUAGUGAACCAGAAUGAAAGCGACUCCUUUUAUAGGGACAUUGCACUGAAAUGCAUAAAAGACUGUGAUAGACUUUCGCACCGAUUACAAAAGUAUCAGAAAAAUCUAGAUUCCAUUCGAACUUACCUUUACUCUGCGCAGCUUCGUUUAUUACAGGAUUCGCUCACUUGUCUGCUUGAAAUAUGGUUCACUUGCAACAAGGAGCUGUGUCUGUUGAAGAACAAGGUAGCUGGGAUCUUCAUACGAUCCAAGGUCCUACUCAUCGAUCAGGAGCUUGAAUCUUUGAAGUUCCAGCUGUCGGACACCACCAUUAUAAGUUCUUACAGAUCAUUCAUGAAGAUUCUGAUAGAACAGUUACGCGACUCCGAAAUUUCUCGCGAUCAAUCAACAUUUGACGAAUGCCUUCAAGUAUUUCUAGAUAUCGAGGCAAUGUAUAGUUCGUUGAACUUCAAUUGGCUGCUGACGGAUAAUAAAUCUUUACAGGACUCACUUUCUCUGAGCCCUCAGGAAGUACGACAUUUUGAAGAUAACGAAUUGGAUUCUAUAUCACCUUACUCCAUGGAUUCGCUAAAUGACCAUUCAAGAAGUUCAUCUGUAUCUGGCUCCACGGAAUUCUCAUUGAUGAUGGAGAGAACAAACCUUUCGAAAGAACUACCUUCGUUACUCACAGCUUUCAAUAACGCCAAAAGGCUUGAACAAGAAAUUGAGAAUGUGCGUACAACGCCAGCAAGUUCCCAAACAUCAACUAGCAUACCGCAUCAUCAACAGCAUUUCCUACCUUCCUCAAUUCAAUUUAAAUCAAAACUUAUGAUGAUGAACCUACAACAAAAUAGUCUAAACCAUUUUGUCCAACCGAAUCCCAAUUUCAAAUCGAUGAAUAGAAGCGGCGACUUCUUCAAGAACCUGCAUGGCUCGAGCAGUGGCUCGAACAGGAAUUAA